ACGGCGCGACGCGAUUGGGCGAGCCGCCUGUCAAUCGCCGGGGACUUUCCCAGGGGUAGGGCGGCCCGGCCCCUGGCACUUCCUCGUCCCGGGCCCUGUCCCCCUGCCCCAGCCCGGAGCCCGCGCAGUGCUGCGGAGCCAGAGCCUGGCCCGGGCCACUACUCUGGCCCUGGACUCCAGGCUGGACGCGGAGAGCGCGGCGCUGUCCCGCAGGGCCCCCACCCUGAGCCAGGUGGGCACCACUGCAGGGGCUGAGCCACCCUCAUGGAAGGGAGAGGACCAUACCGGAUCUACGACCCUGGGGGCAGCAUGCCUCCAGGAGAGGCGUCGGCAGCUUUUGAGCGCCUAGUGGAGGAGAAUUCCCGACUGAAGGAAAAAAUGCAAGGGAUAAAGAUGUUAGGGGAGCUUUUGGAAGAGUCUCAGAUGGAAGCGUCCAGGCUGCGGCAGAAGGCAGAGGAGUUGGUCAAGGACAGCGAGCCACUCCCACCAACGUCUCCCUCUUUGGCCUCCUUCGACCACCUGGCUGAGCUCACAGGAAAGGAUGCACAUGUCCCAACACCCCCCGCUGACCCUGCACAGCCCAGCGACAAGCCAGAGCCGGUCCAAAAACCUCCAUCCAGUGGCACCUCCUCUGAAUUUGAAGUGGUCCCCACUGAUGAGCAGAAUUCUCCACCAGAGAGUGGGAGCCGCACCAGAAACACGAUGGAGCUGGGCCCCCUGCCCCACGAGGACUCCAACCUGAUGCUGCACCUGCAGCGCCUGGAAACCACCUUGAGUGUGUGCGCCGAGGAGCCGGACCACGGCCAGCUCUUCACCCACCUGGGCCGCAUGGCCCUCGAGUUCAACCGGCUGGCCUCCAAGGUGCACAAGAACGAGCAGCGCACCUCCAUCCUGCAGACCCUGUGUGAGCAGCUUCGGAAGGAGAAUGAGGCCCUGAAGGCCAAGCUGGACAAGGGCCUGGAGCAGCGGGACCAGGCUGCUGAGAGGCUGCGGGAGGAAAACAUGGAGCUCAAGAAGUUGUUGAUGAGCAGCAGCAAAGAGAGUGCCUCCGGGCGGCCAGGCUCGCCAAAGAUGGAAGGCGCAGGCAAGAAGGGGGUGGCCGGACAGCAGCAGGCUAGUGUGACAGCAAGUAAGACCCCAGAGAUGGGGGCCUUGGGUGCAGCUGAGAAGAAGGUGAAGAUGCUAGAGCAGCAGCGCACUGAGCUGCUCGAAGUGAACAAGCAGUGGGACCAGCAUUUCCGCUCCAUGAAGCAGCAGUACGAGCAGAAGAUCACCGAGCUGCGCCAGAAGCUGGCGGACCUGCAGAAGCAGGUGACUGACCUGGAGGCUGAGCGUGAGCAGAAGCAGCGCGACUUUGACCGCAAGCUCCUCCUGGCCAAGUCCAAGAUUGAAAUGGAGGAGGCCGACAAGGAGCAGCUGACAGCAGAGGCCAAAGAGCUGCGCCAGAAGGUCAAGUUCCUGCAGGAUCAGCUGAGCCCGCUCACCCGGCAGCGGGAGUAUCAGGAAAAGGAGAUCCAGCGGCUCAACAAGGCCCUGGAGGAAGCGCUGAGCAUCCAGGCCUCCCCUUCAUCUCCAUCAGCUGCAUUUGGGAGCCCAGAAGGAGCUGGGGGCCUCCUAAGGAAACAGGAGCUGGUCACGCAGAACGAAUUGCUGAAACAGCAGGUGAAGAUCUUUGAGGAGGACUUCCAGAGGGAGCGCAGCGAUCGAGAGCGUAUGAAUGAGGAGAAGGAAGAGUUGAAGAAGAAGGUGGAGAAACUGCAGGCGCAGGUCACCCUGUCAAACGCGCAGCUAAAAGCAUUCAGAGAUGAAGAAAAAGCGAAAGAAGCCCUCAAACAGCAGAAGAGGAAAGCCAAGGCCUCGGCAGAACGCUACCACGUGGAGCCCCACCCGGAGCACCUCUGCGGGGCCUACCCCUACGCCUACCCGCCCAUACCAGCCAGGAUGCCACACCACGGCUUUGAGGACUGGUCCCAGAUCCGCUACCCGCCACCCCCCAUGGCCAUGGAGCACCCGCCCCCACUCCCCAACUCACGCCUCUUCCAUCUGCCAGAAUACACCUGGCGGCCGCCCUGUGGAGGGAUACACAAUCAGAGCUCCCAAGUGAUGGACUCGCCCACAGCCAGGCCUGCGGAACCAGAGUCCACAAAAAAUGACCGCGAGAGGCCUCAGUGAGACCAGAUUACAUCACUUGGCUCCAUCUUCGUCUUGCAGAGCCAGCUGAUCUCAGAUUACCGAAAAACUAGAGGCUACGUGCUCUGUGUGGCCAGAGCUGCAGCCAGACGGGAGGCUGAGAUGGACGGCCAGCCUGUGCCCCGGCUCUGACCUGAACUGUUUACAGACUGGGGAGGCUCCACCCGGAAGGCUUCCAUUUGGGCCCCUCCUUUGGAGUGCCUGGGGAAAAGCUCACUACCCAGCCACCACCACCGAGUGGAGAGAGACCUCAUGCCGCUUUGAUCUGCCAUCCUUUGUGGAAGCCGCCGGGGGACGUCAGUCUCAAGAGUGGGGUGCAGCCGAGACCCCUUCCUUUCAAAACUUCCCCAGAAGUGGUUCCAGCGCCUCUGAGGACCACGUCCAUUUCGUGUGUGUGUGUUAUAAUUUUUGCUUUAAGCUCUGUAGUAGCAGGACCUGCCCCACACCUAUCCCUUCCCCUCUGAAUUGCUGCGGGAAGAGCGGGUUUGCCACCGGGAGCAGAAGAGAACGAUGGACAUUCUGCUGCAGAGCCCACCACCUCCGCCCACGACAGCCUUGCCAGCGCCAUUGCAGCCUGGGAUGAAUGCCAUACGAGCCACAACCGCUGAAGGGCCCAGCCUGAAGCUGCCAGGCCCUCAGCCCCACAGUUGGAGGGUUGUGGCGCCAGAGGCCCAGACUGGGGUGGCUGUCUGUCCUUGGGCAGCUGUUUGCACGAAUCUUGGACAUAAAUCCAAGUUGAAGAUCAACA